AUGAACGUCCCCUUCGUGAUCAAGGAUAACGAUGAUGACUUGAAGAAGAAGUUCCUCGCUGAGGCUAAGGAGGUCGGUCUCGUCACCUUAUCUGGUCAUAGGAGUGUUGGUGGUCUUCGAGCCAGUCUAUACAACGGUAUGCCUCUGGAGGGUGUACAGCGUCUCGUCGAAUUCAUGCACAAGUUUUACACCGAGAACAAGUAG